AUGUUAAUAAUUACAUUUUCACUGCUCUGUGCAUCACUCUGGAAUAUUGUUUAUUCACUGGAAUGCUAUACGGGUUUCUCAGUGAUACGUGGUCAAACAGUUGGUACGACAAAAGAAGUUUGUAGCAAGGAUACUGAUUCGUGCUAUCGAGCUAUGGCCGAUUUGAAUAAGAACAAGUGUGUUGAGCAAGAGCUAUUUGGCACCAAAGUGAUGUUCUGCUGCUGCAACGAUCGCGAUCUGUGCAACUCUGCGCCCAGGCCUGCCAUUAGCCUCAGACGGAUCAAGACCAAGAUGUCGUUAUUAAGCUUGAUAUUUGACUUUCCAUCGGCCUUGGUCCAGUUUUAUUCGAAAUGGUAG